AUGCCCAAGAACAAGGGAAAGGGCGGUAAGAACCGUCGUCGUGGAAAGAACGAGAACGACAACGAGAAGCGUGAGCUCGUUUUCAAGGAGGAGGGCCAGGAGUACGCGCAGGUCGUGAAGAUGCUCGGUAACGGCCGCCUGGAGGCGCUGUGCUUUGACGGCGAGAAGCGCCUGGCACACAUCCGUGGCAAGCUCCGCAAGAAGGUCUGGAUCAACCAGGGCGACAUCAUCCUCCUCUCGCUGCGUGACUACCAGGACGAGAAGGGCGAUGUCAUCAUGAAGUACACCGCCGACGAGGCCAGAAGUCUCAAGGCCUACGGCGAGUUGCCCGAACACGCCAAGAUCAACGAGACCGACACCUACGGCCACGAGGGCUUCGAGGACAACGUCGAGUUCGACGAGGACCGCGAGAGCGAGGAGGAGAAGGAGAUCGAUGUCGACGAGCUCUAA